AUGGGAGUUCCUACAUUCUAUAGAUGGCUAUGUAAUCGGUACCCCCGCGUACCAAAGGAUACCAUUGAUAAUUACAAGGAAACAAGCAUAGACAUGUCAAAUAUAGAAACCAUAGGAGUAGAUUUGCUAUCUCCUAAUCCUAACGGGGAAUUUGAUAACCUUUACCUUGAUAUGAAUGGUAUAAUACAUCCAUGUUGCCACCCAGAAAAUAUGGAACAACCGGAGUCCGAGGAAGUUAUGUUCGAAUGUAUUUUCGACUAUAUAGAUCGAAUAUUUUACAUUGUUCGUCCAAGAAAGAUAAUGUUCCUAGCGAUAGAUGGCGUUGCUCCAAGAGCAAAAAUUAAUCAGCAAAGGUCGAGAAGAUUUAAAUCAGCUGCUGAUGCCGAUCUUGAGGAUGAAGUGUACAACAAACUUGUUGAGGAGUUCGGGAAGAAGAAGGGCGACAUACCAAUACGUAAGGAUAAAUGGGAUAGUAAUGUAAUUACACCUGGGACACCCUUCAUGCAUGAACUAUCCAAGAGGAUUGUAGACUAUAUCCAGGAUAGGAUUGAAAAGUAUGACGCAUGGAAAAGAAUAACAGUGAUAUUCUCUGAUUCCGGUGUGCCAGGUGAAGGAGAACAUAAAAUAAUGAAGUUUAUUCGCAACCAAAGACACGCUCCAAAUUAUGACCCAAACACAAAACAUGUGUUACAUGGUAUGGAUGCAGAUCUUAUUAUGUUAGGUCUUGCUACCCAUGAAGUUAAUUUUUUCAUCUUGAGGGAAAUUGUUACCAAUUUUAUAAAUUUCAAACCAGAAGACAACGUUGCAAAUCAGAUUGAACAAGCAAAAUCUGUCGUACCAAAAGAAAAGCCAACGUCCAGCCACCAACAGUAUAUUUCCCUUAUGCGUCAAUCCUGGAAACCUAUGCAGUUUUUACAAUUACCAGUUCUUCGUGAAUAUUUGUCCUAUCAAUUGCAUUUUCCUAAUGGUUGGAGGGACAGGGAAGGGGUUAUAGACUUUGAAAGAUGUGUUGAUGAUUUGGUUUUGAUGUGUUUCUUCUGUGGAAAUGAUUUUCUUCCUCACUUACCAUCAAUAUCCAUUACUGGAGGUUCAAUUGAUCAAAUGAUUCUCUUGUAUCAAAAAAUACUUCCUGAUCUUGGUGAUUACCUCUCUAACGAAGGAGAUUUAAAUAUGCCACAAGUCGGCUCAUUCGUUUCAUAUUUGUCAAAGAUUGAAAAUCAGGUAUUUAAACAAGCACAAGAACAUAAAGAACGUUACAAAAGAAAAAUGCAGCAAAAUGGAAAUUCUGAAAUUGCCCAGUUUGGCAAUGUAAACAAAAAUAGGAAAUUAGAUGAUGGCUCCGCUUCCGUAGAACCGAAAGAAGAGGGAUAUACUGAAGCAGAAUUCAAAAGACGUCAAGAAGAAAUAUUAAAACAAGAGCGUACGGUAGAAGAUCCCAAAGAACCAAUAGACUUAUCGCUGAAUGAUCCAAAAUUGUGGAAAGAGGCAUAUUAUAGGGAAAAAUUCAAUUUAGGUCCAAACGAUGACGUCACUAGUCUAGUUAAUAAUGUAGUAUUUCAUUAUGUUGAAGGUUUAGCUUGGGUAUUAAAAUAUUAUUACCAAGGAUGUGUUAGCUGGGGAUGGUUUUACCCUUUUCAUUAUGCACCUUUUUGUUCAGACUUGAAGUUUGAAGGUCUUGAUAUUAAAUUUGAACUCGGAAAACCGUUCACCGCAUUUCAACAAUUAAUGAGUGUCAUGCCCAUAAGAUCAUCGCAUUGUCUUCCUAAAGAAUUUAGGGAAUUAAUGACAGAUUCGAAUUCUCCGCUAGCGGAUUUUUAUCCUCUAAAAUUUAAAGAGGAUCCAAAUGGAAAGCGCUACAAAUAUCAGUGGGUUGCAUUACUACCCUUUAUAGAUGAAAAAAGAUUGUUAAAUAUUGUUGAACCAAUUGAGAAGAGUUUGUCUAAAGUUGACAAGGAUCGCAAUGCUAUAUCAAAGGAUUUGAUCUUUAUGGAUAAUAGAGAAAAAUCCAAGACCUUGAUUGGUAACAUUGAAGAUAAUGGUGAUAGGUCUUAUUUUACAUCUAUUUGUGAUAAAAAGCAUAAAAGUCACCUAUUGAAAGGUGCAAUACUGCCUCAAAAACGACUGAGAGUUGAAGAUGUAAUGGAAGAUCAAAGGAACAGAGGGUUCAAUUGUGAGAUAGCAAAAAGAAUGAUUCUAAAUGUUUUAGACAUUAAGCAGGAUGAAUUCAACUCUGGAGUAUUGAGAGAUACUGCGAGAGAUUAUCAUCAAUAUCAUAAUCAGUAUCACGCCCAUCAGACAUUACAUCACCCUGGCAAAUAUUUUAACGUUUCUCAGCAAGGAGGAUACCAAGGUCAGCUACAAAUUCCUCAAAGAACAGUGCCACCUUGGCAUACCAUGCCAAAGGCACCUCAGCCGCAUCCUUCCAACUAUUACCAAGUUCACUAUAACGGUCCAAGGGACAAACGCCCAAGGACUGGAUUUAACUGAUUUCCAUAUACACAAGUACAUCUUUGUGGUCUACGUUAUUCUAAAUUUGUGAAGUGUUAUCUUGGU